AUGAUGGUGGGCAAGGCGGAGAUGAGCGCCAUGGAGAUGGAGAAGGUGAUGAGCGACGGAGAGGUGGUGCUCGGCGGCGCCGGCGAGGAGGAGGACGACGUGGUGCUGCCGGGGUACCGGUUCCACCCCACCGACGAGGAGCUCGUCACCUUCUACCUCCGGCGCAAGGUGGCCAAGAAGUCGCUCCGCAUCGAGGUCAUCCGGGAGAUGGACAUCUACAAGCAUGACCCAUGGGAUCUCCCCAAGGCGAGCACGGUUGGUGGGGAGAAAGAGUGGUACUUCUUCUGCCUCAGAGGAAGGAAGUACCGGAACAGCAUCCGGCCCAACCGGGUGACCGGCUCCGGCUUCUGGAAGGCCACCGGCAUCGACCGGCCCAUCUACUCUGCCACCAGCGGCGGCUCGGGCUCGGGCUCCGGCGUGUCGAUCGGGCUGAAGAAGUCGCUCGUCUACUACCGUGGCAGCGCUGGCAAGGGCACCAAGACCGACUGGAUGAUGCACGAGUUCCGCCUCCCGCCGGCCGCCGCGGCGGCCACCAACGCCUCCCCGAGCAUGCAGGAAGCCGAGGUGUGGACCAUCUGCAGGAUCUUCAGGAGGACCAUCACCUACCGGAAGCAGCAGACGUGGAGGCCGGCACCGGCGCCAUCCACCACCAUCACCGCGGCCGACUCGAGCUCCAACACGGGGAGCUUCGAGUCGUCGGAGGGCGGCGACGAGUACAUGAACUGCCUGCAGGCUCCAGCAGCCGCCGCUCCAUACAUCUCCCAGCACCAGCACCCGCAGCAGUACGUCAGUCAGACGGGCACGGUGGACAGCGGCAAUUUCUUCUACAGGGAUACCAUGCACAACCAACAGUUCCAGGAGCAAUGGAACUCUCCGCCUGCCGCGCCGGAGCCGGAGCAGAAACCACUGAACCCAUUAUCGGCGGCCGACUCCUUCCACCAGAAUGAACAUAACCUCACCGUCGCCCCCAACGAUUUCCACAAGGUCGAGGCCCUCGACGGGUAUUUGGAGGAGAUCGCGAGGAUGAUGGAGGUGACUGAUCCGGCAGGGUUUUACGACUACAGAUCAUACGGUUCAUCAGCAGGAAACAGAGGGCCGAGCUUCGUGCGCACCCUCCACUCUUCGGCCCCGUAGGCUCCCGCGAGUUCACCGACGGUCCGGUCCGGCCCCCUCGCUCGCCUCCGUCGCCGGCGGCUUCGGUAACACCAUGGUUCGCCCUCCUUACCACACCGGCCGUUCUCUCGCGUCGUUCUACAGAAGUUCAGUAUCGAUGAUCUUCAGGGAAGCUGAAAGGUGGCGGGACAGCGACAGUGUGGAAGCUUCCUGCCGAUCCGUCUGCCCAAUUCGGGACGUGGUUUACUGUUCCGACGUCGACCGGGUAGUACUUGGCUGCUACCCUCUGGUGCCUAGUGGGUUAGUUGAGUCGGUACAUCGGAAGGUCUUGAAGUGGGGUCCCGGCGGCGAGUGUGGUCUCGGGUGGUCCGGUGAGCAGCAGCAGUCACUCACUGCGGCUGCCGUAAUCCCCUGCAUGCGCCGCCCUGGUCCAGGCGAACAGUAUACAAGACACCGAUGGCAGUCUUGCCGGGCUAGGCUCAUGUAUCUGACAUGAAUUGAGGAACUUGUGGUUGAACUAAAUGAUUUGAUUGGGUCCAUCUUGUCCUUGUGAACAUGUAUCUUUGAUAGUGUCACCGAAAUCCUAAUCCUGUGUGCAAUUGAAAUGAUGUUGGAUA